AUGAAUUCCCUCGCAAGAAAGACGGCCUCCUCGGAGCUUGCCUUGUCGCGAGCCUCCGCUCAUGUCUCAUCCGCGGGCAGAUCACCCGCCUAUUGCAGAUUAGCAUCCCAGCUUUCUCAGAAUGCAUCCCGCAACGGUGCAAGGUCACAAAGCUCAAUGCUUUCUGGCUCAGUUCGAUCGCCCUUGAGCUCAUCUUUUGUGCCCGCCGAGCUCCGCCAAUCUACCAUUUAUACCACGCAGUCUCGACUCUUCCACCUUUCCGGCCGCUUACACCAAGAGAAGCCUCAAUCUGAGCAGAAACCCUCAGCUGCCGCUCCCGCCGACGCCAAAGAGAAGAAGCCUACCGACACCGAGUCUGAGACCAAGCCCGAGGAGGAGCAAUCUAAGAAGACUGAGGACGGCGAGAAGGGUGAGGAUGGUGAAAAAGCAGGAAAGGAAGAGGGCGAUGGUGAGGGCAAGGACAAGAAGAAAGAGGAUGCCCCUCCCCCUCCCCCUCACGGCGACAAGACCCCUUGGCAGGUGUUCAUGGAGACCAUGAACACCGAAUUCCAGAAGUCGCAAGAAUGGAACGAGUCGACCAAGCAGAUUGCUCAAUCUGCUAACCAGUUCGCCGAAAGUGAGGGUGUACGACGUGCCCGUGAGGCGUACGAGAAGUCCACCGGAGCUGUUUCCUCGACCCUCGGAAAGGGAGCCAAGGCAACUGCCGGAGCCAUUGGCAAGGGUGCUUCGUGGACUUGGGACACUUCGGUCGUCAAGGGUGUUCGCAAGGCCGCCAAUGUCACUGGAGAUGCUAUGGAUAAGGCUACUCAGCCCAUCCGAAACACAGAAGCCUAUAAGAACGUCAAAGAUGUCAUUGAUGAUGGCAGCUCAAUGCGAUAUGGUGGUUGGGUUGAGAAGGAGGAGCGACGGAAACGCCGAGAGGCUCUGGACAAGCAGCGAGGCUACAAGGCCCCCCAGGCCAUGGAGGAAGAUAUCAACGCUGGCACCAGUGUAACUCUUCACAAGGAUGCUGCUUGGAAGGAAGCCUGGAGAGAUUUCCGUGACCAGAACAAGUACGUACAGGGUCUAUUCAGCUUGAGAGGCAAGUACGAAGAGUCUGAAAACCCUCUGGUAUCGACUGCUCGAAGUAUCACCGACCGCAUUGGAGGUUUCUUCGCCGAGAACGAGACUGCUAUGGUUAUCAAGAAGUUCCGUUCCAUGGACCCCAACUUCCAAACGGAACCCUUCCUUCAGGAGCUUCGCGAAUACAUCCUCCCUGAGGUGCUGGAUGCCUAUGUCAAGGGUGAUACCGAAGUACUGAAGCUCUGGCUAUCCGCCGCCCAGUACUCAGUGUACGAAGCCCUGACUAAGCAAUACCUUCAAGCUGGCAUGAAGUCAGAUGGUAAGAUUCUGGAUAUCCGUAAUGUGGACAUUCUUCGAGCACGUAUGCUUGAUCCUGGUGAGGUUCCUGUCUUCAUCAUCACCUGCCGCACCCAAGAGGUCCACGUCUACCGCAACGCCAAGACGAACCAGCUUGCUGCUGGUAUGGAGGACAAGGUCCAGCUGGUCACUUAUGCCAUCGGUAUUACUCGAGUACCAGAGGAUGUCAACAACCCUGAAACAAGGGGCUGGCGUCUGAUCGAGAUGCAGAAGAGUGGACGAGACUGGUACUAA